AAUGAAACAAAUUCGGCAAAUUUUAUUUUUAAUAAAUAUUUGGAGCCAAAGUUGCCUCUUUUGAAACCCCUCUCCUACUGGCGCCGUCUCUCCAACUUUGCGCACAGUUUCUAUAAUCAGCUUUUACAGCUUCAUUUAGACAAUUAUCUACUUCCGGAAGGUACCAAGAAUAAUCUCAAAAUGAUCAACUCCGAACCCCUUCGAAGUGGUGUCACCAAUAGUGGAGCUGUUGGGCCAACGUUUGAUAAGCAGCUGCCUGGUGUAACGAGAAAGACAGCUUUGAGAGACGUGCAGAACCAAAAAAGCAGCUUGAUAAGUAGUCAUCAAGAAAAUUCACUUUUUUUAGGGGCAAGACCUAUUGCAGAUCCAACUAGGGUGUGCGGAACUAAGAGGCUUACACCUGAGCGCCCUUCAAGUACCAAUUCUAAUAUGUCUUUGAGCAGCAAUGGUACGAAUGAACAUAUACUAAAUGCUCGAAGAAGAUUUGAUUUAGAACUAGGUAAGGGAAGAAUGCAGAACAGUGUGGAUAAAUUUGUGGAGGGUACUCAGGCAUCAAAGCAUCCGUGUCAGUUGCAGAGAGAAAUUCCUCAAAAACAAAAUCAACAGAGAGAGGGUAGUAGUAGUCAUCCUCCUGUAGCAAUGCCAAACCAUUUGACACCUAUGACGACAUAUUCACGUGGUGGACCGUCAAUUCCUAAUUCUCUUGGCAAGGCCGCCAACAGCACUCAUGCUGCUCAAAUUGUUUCUUCUAAAUUUUCUCCAGAGCCAGUGCUUAAUUUGGAUGUCAAGGUGGAGGAUCAACAAUUGACAGAACAUUUUAUUCGUCUGCAGAAGUUCCUGAAACAGUGUGAUGAAUUGAACCGAACAGAUUACAUUCAGAUGCUUCUACAUUUGUCACCAGCUGAGCUUAGCAGACAUGCUGUUGAUUUGGAGAAAAGGGCUAUCCAGCUGACAAUAGAGGAAGGAAAGGAGAUGCAACGAGUGAAGGCCCUAAAUGUUUUGGGAAAAUCCACCUUGUUUACUAACAUAACGCAGACACCUCCAUUAGUCCCAACCAAGAAAUGAUGAGCGCGAGUCUAAUGACAAUAACUCGUGUUGCACUGAUGCACGGCCUAUUUCCAGCCUUCUGCUUCACAGGUUACAAGAUCUUGAGCAGAGCCUGUAGGCUUCUUUAAACAUUAAUAGUAUUUUUUUUUGAUAGCGAGCUUUUUACUUGGAUUAGCCCUCUAGGGAUCAAGAAGAAGAAGUCAUCCGGAACUGAACUUUGGUAUUCAUUUGGGUAUAAUCAGUUCAUACUAUCUGUACAUUUGUUUUGUUUCAUCUUCUGAAGUUUUGCUUCCACUUUA